AUGAAUUCAUCCACAUCACCAGCAUCACAAAGCACAGAGAGAAGAUGCUUCUCUUCCCAGCUGUUCUUGUGGGCCAUUGCUGGCACUGCCAUCCUUCUCCUGAGUGCCUGUUUUAUCACCAGAUGUGUUGUGACAUAUGGCAUCUUUCAACUAUGUGAUGAGAAAAAGUUCCAGCCACCUGGGGAUUCCAUGGAACUCUCCUGCUAUAAUGAUGGAUCAGGUUCAGUCAAGAAUUGCUGUCCAUUGAAGUGGGUCCAUUUUCAAUCCAGCUGCUACUUCUUUUCUGUUAACAUCAUGUCCUGGACAGCAAGUCUAAAAAACUGCUUGAGCAUGGGCGCUCACCUGGUGGUUAUCAACACGCAGGAGGAGCAGGAAUUCCUUCACCAUGCAAAACCUAGAAACAAAGAGUUUUAUAUUGGACUGACAGACCAGGUGAUUGAGGGUCAGUGGAAAUGGGUAGAUGGUACACCUCUCACAAAGUCUCUGAGCUUCUGGGAUGCAGGGGAGCCCAACAACCUGGUUACCUUGGAGGACUGCGCCACCAUAAGGGACUCCUCAAAUCCAAGGCAAAACUGGAAUGAUGUGCCCUGUUUCUUCAGUAUGUUUUCGAUUUGUGAAAUGCCAGAAAGAAAGAUUUGA